GUGAGCGCUGCUCAGUGGACUGUGCCUUAAUCUACUUUUAUAAAGUAGAUACCAGCGUGUAACAUACACAAAUAUAUCGUAAAUGUAAGGGCUACUUAAAGUGUUGACUGAAGGUUACGAGGAUGUCGCAGAAGAUCAUGAAAAUAGUAGUUGAACUCAAUCUCAGAGCGGUCACCUGUCCAGGAGUCCACCUGCCCGAAAAAGAUGACGUCUACCUGAGCGUGUGUCUGAUGAACCAGUACCGCCAGUCUGAGUGCCUACCCGCAGUCUUUCCUCUACUGUUCCGGGAGAAAAUGAGGUUUGAAAAAGUGUACUGGCACGCUACAGACCCUGCUGCCCUGGCCCAGAUACUGGAGUGUGAGCUGGCCAAAGUGGAGCUGAUCCAGUUAACACCUCCAGGGGGGGAGUCUCUGGCCAUGUUUGUGGAGGACGUGCGCAGCUUCCUGUUCCCCGAACCCAAACUGGUGCCACCAGCCGGGGGUGUGGACCGAGCUGUUCUGAUGACCAAAGGACCCGCAUUCAUGGGUAUUUGCCCGCGGCUGGAGUUCAACACCAGGACGAUCAUCAGCGAGUGUUCCCCCAGCCCUGACCCAUACAGCGAACCCAUCCCUGUGAGGGUACUGACCCAGAAGCGUAUGAGGAGGAAGCACGAGCGCUCGGCCCGCUGCUCCACGGCCCGGCUCAACCACAGCGUCCCCUUUCCCCGCGGAAGACAGCGCAGCAGGGAGCGCACACGUCGUUCCUCAGGUCCAGCACGCGCCCGCUCCCUCUCGCCUUACACCGCCGCCCUGCUGGGAAGGAGCAGCAAUGACAACAGCAACACACACGGGCAGCACGCAGCCAGCACACACACGCUACAGAACACAUGGAAGUCUGACUCCUGGAGGGGGGGUGAUGGCCAGUCCUCCCUCAACACCAAUGGAGCGUCCCGGGCAAGAAGCCCCUCCCCACCUCCCAGAUCACCACGGAAACCUGGGAUGCAGAGCAUGGGAACCAUGCGGAGAAGUCGGUCUAGUGGCUGGGCCCUUGAGGACUCGUGUCCGUCGCCCACUGAUCAUCUCCUUGACGACAGUUCUGAUGAGGAUCUCGACCAAUCAGGACCAAACCCAGCCGCCCUCUGGCGAUCAUACCGGGAGAAGUCACACCCGAACGGGUCUCUGCUGUGUUCUGAGAAUGUGUGGGAGGAUGUACAGAGACGCCUGCGAUCCCUCCUCACAUCACCCCAAGCCAUUGGCAGACUGGCCAACGGUGCUACUGACUCUGAGGUGGACGAGGUGUUCUCCAGGAGGACCAAGUCCAACCACAAGGGGGGAACCUAGAGCACAACAGCCCCGACCGUGCUCAACCCCUUCUACAGUGACACGACCUAGAGAACAUCAACACCCUGUACUGCACAUCAACAUUCAACAUACUGCACCCCAACACCCAGCCAACAAGGGAGUGACCUAGAGAGUACAUCAACAUACUGCAAUACUGCAGAAUCCCCAAAACUCAGAGGAACUUAUGACCUGACCUUGACCGACUCCCCCAAACCCAGAAUACUGUAUGGCACUUUAACCAGCAGUCCCAAACCCAGAAGAGUGUAAGACACAACUGUAACCAGUGAACCUGAUGAAGCAACAGCGAAACGCGUUGUUCACCAAAUAAACUACCAGCAAAGAA